AUGGCAGCCUGCUAUUUGCUCGUGUUUACAGUCAUGUUCCAACGCUACGUGAAUAAUGCGAGUACAGUAGUGAACGUGGUGUUCUCCGCACUAUCCCCAUUCCAGGUUUUACCGCCUAUUGCUCAGAGCAUUCCAAGCACCUUUCUCAAGACAAUCACUCCUCGUACAAUGAAGAUCAUCUCCACGGUUGUCUCCGCUGCGCUCAUGCUCGGAUCGGUCUCUGCCAUCCUCGGUGGCCAGAAAGUCCCGCAGGGCACGAAGACCUACACAACGGGUCUCCGUACUACCGUCGACCCCAAGUCGCCCGAUGACUUCAGCUUCUGUGGCGGUGUUCUUAUCUCGCCCACCUACGUUCUCACGACUGCUUCGUGCACCAAGAUGUCUAAGGCCAACUUCGUGUCUGUUGGUGCGCACUACGUUAAUGGUGGUGAGGAUGGCGAUGAGAUUAAGGUGGUUAAGGUAACUCCCCACCCGCACUUUAACGCUGACACGCUCGCUAAUGACUUUGCGGUACUCAAGCUGGCUAAGCCCAGCAAGUACAAGCCGGUGAAGCUGCCUGCUCCUGGUGGCAGUGACAUUAAGUCUGGCAUGUGGGCUACCGCUAUGGGCUGGGGUCUCACCUCCGCUUCUUCCAACGCCAUGGCGUCCGAGGAGCUGCUCAGUCUGAGCCAGCAGGUGAUCUCCAACGACGCGUGCCGUAAGGCUCUCAAGUCGACCACGAUCGAUAUGUCGCAGGUGUGCGCCGGUGGCGAGCAGGGGAAGUCUCCGUGCCAGGGCGACACUGGCGGUCCAUUCAUCAAGGAGAACGCCAAGGGCGACGGCGACGACGUGCUUAUCGGCCUGGUCAGCGGCGGUCAGGGCUGUGGUGUCAAGGGUUCCCCCGCUAUCUACUCGCGUGUGUCGUCGGCGCUGCCGUGGAUCAACUCCGAACUCAAGAAAUAAGCUAUGGUUUAGCAACACAGCUUUGGCAAGAAAAAUAAAGUAGUUUGAGGGACAUUUUGCAUUAGAAUACCAUCAAUUCUGUUCAAAGAGUCCACCGUCUCAACUUGAAAAAAUG